CGUUCUACAAUUCAUUUCCAUCUACCUACCAUCGUUCUUUAAUGUACCGAACUUUACGGUGUUUAUGAACCUGGUGCACCACAAGUGGACCGGUGAAUGUUAUCGGUUAGAGAGGUGUGGUGCUGUUUUAUAACCUCAAACUCCUAUAAAAUAAAAUUAUUUCGUUAAGCAACACAUAAUUAAUUUGAAGUAUGUGUUCUUUAAACAAUUUCCAAGCUGUUGUGGAUGAAAGCAACAAUGUCAUAUUUAAGGACAAUCAGAUUCUUGUGUACAAUCCAACAGAUGACUGCACAUUAUAUAUACCUAAUAAUGAAGAGACGAGAGCAGCGUUAAACCUGCGAGAAACUACUGAAGAUAAUGAAGAGAAUUUAACGGUUACCGCGGAUGAUACAGAUCAACAUGAAGAAACACAACGAUGGACCCAUGAAAGCACUCUGCUUUUAUUGUCUUUAUAUGAAGAUCAUAUUGGUUCUUUUAAAUCGCCAAAGAAAACUAAUAAAUCAGUUUGGCUUCGAAUAGCCAACGAGAUGUCAAAGCGAGGGUAUUUAUUUACAGGAGAUCAAUGCGAUUUAAAAUUUAGGAACCUAAAAAAGACCUAUAAAAGAAUAAAGGAUAAUAAUAAGUCAUCAGGAAGAGGGGCAAUUGUGUGGCCUUAUAUGGACAUGUUUGAAAGAGUAUUUGGGAGUGCACCUGACAUAAAUCCCAAGGCAACUGUGUCAACAUUUGCCACAUCAUUAAAUACUUUAAAAUCAGCAAACCUUUCAACAGAUAACCAUUCAGUUGUAUCAUUACCUUAUCUCUCACCUUCCACAAGUUCGGUAGGAUCACCUGGUUCUUCUACGCAAGUAGAAAAUAGCAAUGAAAGCGAGUGUCCUGAACCUGUUCGUAAUAAACGUCGAAAAAUGUCAAAUGAAGAACCUGCGUGGGUAUCGACUCUAAGAAAAGAGGCCAAGGAACGUUAUGAUGAAAAAAUGACAAUGUUACGGGAGUUAAUAGGACUUCUUAAAAAAGAAUAA